CGGAUUCAGCCACACUAGUGGACCCCAAAAGCCAAGGCCAUCAUCCGGAUUCCUCAUCACUUACGGAUCAUCUAUCCCUUGAAAUGACCACAGCCGAUGGACCAUCCUCUCGCCGCUCAGUCUUUCUCGGCGUUGACGUUGGCACCGGCAGCGCUCGUGCAGGCCUGUUUGAUGUGAAAGGGAAACUUCUUGGUUGUGCUAGUAGCCCGAUACAGAUCUGGAAGGAGGGUGACUGUGUGGAGCAAUCAUCAACCGAUAUUUGGCUCGCUAUUUGUUCAGCUGUUAAGUCUGCAUGUUCUCUUGCAAAUGUUUCUGGAGAAGAAGUAUCUGGAUUGGGAUUUGCGGCUACUUGUUCACUUGUUGCCAUUGACUCGGAUGGAUCGCCAGUUUCAGUUUCUUGGAGCGGUGAUUCGAGAAGAAAUAUCAUAGUAUGGAUGGACCACAGAGCUGUUCAGCAAGCUGAGAGGAUUAAUUCUUGUAAUUCAACAGUAUUGCAGUAUUGUGGGGGAGCUCUUUCCCCUGAAAUGCAGCCGCCAAAGCUUCUCUGGGUGAAGGAAAAUCUUCAGGAGUCUUGGUCCAUGGUUUUUAGGUGGAUGGACCUGAGUGAUUGGCUUUCUUACAGAGCAACAGGAGAUGAUACCCGGAGUUUGUGCACUACAGUAUGUAAAUGGACGUAUCUUGGCCAUGCUCACAUGCAACACAUUAAUGAGAAGGAUUCUAGGAAUAUGGAAGCUUGUGGAUGGGAUGAUGACUUCUGGGAGGAGAUAGGUUUAGGUGAUCUUCUGGACGGUCAUCAUGCUAAGAUAGGGCGUAGCGUAGCUUUCCCAGGACAUGCUUUGGGUUCUGGUCUAACACCUGCUGCUGCGAAGGAAUUGGGACUGGUCCCUGGAAUCCCUGUUGGAACCUCACUAAUUGAUGCCCAUGCUGGUGGUGUGGGUGUAAUGGAAAGCAAUCCUUCUUCAGAUCCUGCACAUAUAGAGAUCGAUGAUAAAGAUAUAUGUCGUCGGAUGGUACUAGUCUGUGGAACUUCUACAUGUCAUAUGGCCAUAUCACCCAACAAGCUAUUCAUCCCUGGGGUCUGGGGUCCAUUUUGGUCAGCAAUGGUGCCUGAGUACUGGUUGACAGAAGGUGGACAAAGUGCUACUGGUGCAUUAUUAGAUCACAUAAUCGAGAAUCAUGUUGCUUCACCCAUAAUUGCCAAUCGUGCUGCUUCCCAAGGUAUCUCUUUGACCCAACUACUCAACAAGAUACUAAAAUCAAUGCAGAAUGAGCUGGAGGCGCCAUUCCUUGCGGCUUUGACUGAGGAGAUACACGUCCUUCCUGAUUUCCAUGGAAAUAGGUCUCCUGCUGCAGAUCCAAAAUCGAAAGGUGUGAUAUGUGGAUUAACACUUGAUACAAGUGAAAAACAGUUGGCUCUUUUAUACCUUGCCACAAUACAGGGUAUUGCAUAUGGCACACGCCACAUUGUUGAGCACUACAAUGCCCAUGGCCACAAGAUUGAUACUCUACUUGCUUGUGGUGGACUUGCAAAGAACCCAGUCUACAUUCAAGAGCAUGCAGAUAUUUUAGGUUGUCCAAUAAUAUUGCCCAAAGAGAAUGAAUCUGUACUCUUGGGUGCUGCCAUUCUUGGUGUUGUAGCUUCAAAGAAGUAUUCUACCCUACGUGAAGCGAUGAGAUCGUUAAACGCAGCUGGAGAGGUUAUCAACCCUACUAAUGACCCAAAAGUGAAGAAGUACCAUGAUGCUAAAUACCAUAUUUUCCGAGAACUAUACCAGCAACAACUUUCUCGACGAACAAUCAUGGCACAAGCUUUGGCCACAUAAAAAAAAAGUGAGAAUUCUGAUUGAUCAUAUCAGCUUGAACUUGUAAUUAAAGAAAGGUGUUCUUUUGUUUUACAAUUCUAUUCAAAAAAUGAAAAGAAGAAACCAAAAUACAGUCUUAGUAGCAUUUUUAUUACAUGGAAAUUACAUUGUUGUGUUA